AUGAGCGAGUCGACGCCCAGGUCCGAGGCGCUGCAGCCCAGGAGCGGGGCCGCCGCUCCGCUCUCCGGCAGCUACAGCAUGGAGAUAUCGGCCCGUGGGCAGUGCUUCCUCCUGUUCGAGUCGCUUCCCGUAGAGGCCGCCGGCAAGUCUGGUGGCGAGCAGCCCGACACGGCCGAGCUUGUGGGGCACUUCCGGGAUGCGUCGCGCGACUACCGUGCCCAGCGGAAACCACCCGGACGCGUUGCCGACCGUGCCGGCGUCAAUUUUGUAAGGGAGAAGAUGGGCCUGGACCAGGACGUGCCCGGCGGGAGUGCGGGAGAGGGAGAGACCUCUGCGCUGAUUGAGCGACCGAAUACUCCGGCGGCCUAG